AUGAAGAAGGUUUAUCCUACAAAGGAAUCGCAUCCAGAUUAUAUCUGCAUCAAUAAAGCUUGUAAAGUGCUUAAACAUAUGGCUGCACAAGGUCACUGGGAUGAGUGGUCAGAAACAACACAAUUGAUAGUUGAUACUUUCCACUAUGGGAAACAUUGGAAAGAAGAUGUUCUUUGUCGAAAAUGGUGGAAUCCAGCUCCCACAGAUGGGUCUGCUCCAAAUUUAGUUAUAAAAGCCCUAGCUUCUGAUGGAUCAACCUAUGACAAAUGA